AUGCUAGCCACCCAGACCUCUGAUGGAAGUGGUAUCAGUGAGAAUCCAAAUCCAUCCUAUAAUUUGGUAUCAACGAAUGCUGAUGUAGCAGAACUUGUUGAGCUAUUGAAGAAAGUCCCUGCUGACCCGCCUUCACUGUUCAUCGACUUGGAAGGAGUGGAUCUUUCGCGACAUGGAACCAUUUCGCUGCUUCAAAUAUUCGCUCUGCCGCAGAAACAGACUCACUUGGUGGAUAUCCACAAGCUAAAGGAAAGUGCUUUUACACAGGCAUCAGUCAGCGGUGCAACCCUGAAGGACAUCCUAGAGUCCCAUUCCAUCAAAAAAGUCUUCUUUGAUGUGCGCAAUGACUCGGACGCCCUUUAUAGCCACUUUGGCAUCAAUCUGGCUGGAAUACAAGAUCUCCAGCUGAUGGAGCUUGCCACACGGAGGUAUUCGAAGAAAACGAAUUCAUGGAGCUGGAAGGCCACAAAGCAACAGGGACUGGAUUUAUUCGCCCCGGAGCGUGGGGGCAGUUACGAGGUCUUCAAUGCCCGGCCACUUGCCGGGGAGAUUAUACAAUACUGCAUUGAGGACGUCAGGCUCUUGCCCAGGCUGUGGGAGAAGUACAACCAAAAGCUGACCUCACAUUGGAGAAGGAAAAUCGAUUUGGAAGGCCAAAAUCGGGUUCGGGAAUCGCAGUCCAGUACCUUCAACGGCAAGGGGCGCCACAUGACUUUCGCGCCCAAGGGCUGGUAUUGAAUGCUGGCUCGCGGAUGGAGCAUUUCGUUCGACAUCGCUUUCGGAG